AAAAAUAAUGCCAUUUUCUUUGAUAGAUAGAAUGUAGUAUAACAAAGUUAGUAUUAAUCCCAAAUGUAAAUAAACAACUUGGGCCUCUAGAUAUAAAGGAAAUUCUAUAGUUAGAAAAACUUAUUGACACCUACCACCCAGAGGUGCUGUCCUGCUAUGGAAUCCCUUUACUUAGUUUUCUCCUGUCCAAUCAGGUGGAAUGUUUCUCAGGCACAUGGUUUAUAAAGCUCAAAAUAACUUGGGACCUGUGAGCUGACAAAUGCUCUGGCUCCAGUGGUGACAGGUUGUCCAGCUUCUUACAGCCAUCUUCACUGAAACUAAGGUUAACUCCUCACUCUCUAUGGACGGCCACUCUCUAGUUCCAAGGGCGUGAAGAAUUUCCUUUUUCUCCUGAGCUUUCAUCUAAAAAACUCUCCUUGGACAAUUAUCAUCACAGUGGACUGCCGGGGUUGGACAUCCUCAUCUGGGUCAACUAAAAAAAGAAAGCAUGCAAGAAGACAGCCUAGAGGCAUCUACUUCCAUAUCUCAGCUUCUACGAGAGAGCUAUUUAGCUGAAACUAGACAUCCAGGAAGUAAUGAGAGAAGUCGAGCAGAGCCUUCCUCCAACCCUAUUCAUUUUGGCAGUUCUGGAGCUGCUGAAGGAGGAGGAGGCCAAGAUGACCUUCCAGAUCUUUCAGCCUUUCUGAGUCAAGAAGAAUUAGAUGAAAGUGUCAAUCUGGCAAGAUUGGCAAUCAAUCAUGACCCUUUGGAGAAAACAGAUGAAGCUCAAGCUAGAAAGCGUCUUUCUUCUGAUCAAAUGAAACACUCACCUAAGCCAAGUUUUGACCCCAACUUUUGCAAUGAUAACUCUCGAAGUCUUGCCAGUUCCAAAGAGAGUCCCCAGGAGACAAAGAGACCACAGUAUAGUUCUGAAACCCAAUCCAAAAAAGUAUUCUUAAAUAAAGCUGCUGAUUUCAUCGAGGAACUAUCAUCCCUUUUCAAAGCCCAUAGCUCCAAAAGGAUUAGACCUCGUGCCUGUAAAAACCACAAGAGUAAAUUGGAAUCUCAAAACAAAGUUAUGCAGGAAAAUAGCUCCAGUUUCUCCAGUCUAUCAGAAAGAAGAGAAAGAUCUUCUGUUCCCAUCCCUAUCCCUGCAGACACCAGGGAUAAUGAAGUGAAUCAUGCUCUUGAACAGCAGGAAGCAAAGAGACGGGAAGCUGAGCAGGCUGCCAGUGAGGCUGCUGGUGGAGACACCACCCCAGGGUCUUCACCUUCAUCAUUGUAUUAUGAAGAACCCCUGGGGCAACCUCCCAGGUUCACUCAAAAGUUAAGGAGCAGAGAAGUUCCAGAAGGAACCAGAGUACAGUUGGAUUGCAUAGUGGUAGGAAUUCCACCACCUCAAGUAAGGUGGUACUGUGAAGGCAAGGAGCUUGAAAAUUCCCCAGACAUUCACAUCGUUCAGGCAGGAAAUCUACACUCACUGACCAUUGCUGAAGCCUUUGAAGAAGAUACAGGACGCUAUUCCUGCUUUGCUUCUAACAUCUACGGGACAGAUUCAACUUCUGCUGAGAUUUAUAUAGAAGGAGUUUCUUCUUCUGAUUCAGAAGGGGACCCUAACAAGGAAGAGAUGAAUCGAAACCAGAAGACAAAAGAGGUAUCAUCUCCUUCCGCUACCUCUGCAGCCAUUCCUUCAGCAGUUCCCCCAACCCAGCCUGUGAUGGUCCAGCACAGUGUGUCAGCCAUUCAGCAGUGUCAGAGCCCCACCAACUAUUUGCAAGGUUUGGAUGGAAAGCCCAUCAUUGCAGCUCCUGUGUUUACAAAGAUGUUACAAAAUUUAUCAGCCUCUGAGGGUCAGCUGGUUGUCUUUGAAUGCAGAGUGAAAGGGGCCCCAUCUCCUAAAGUUGAAUGGUAUAGAGAAGGGACUUUGAUAGAAGAUUCUCCAGACUUUAGGAUUUUACAGAAAAAACCUCGAUCCAUGGCAGAACCAGAGGAGAUUUGUACUUUGGUCAUUGCUGAGGUAUUUGCAGAAGAUUCUGGGUGCUUCACAUGUACUGCAAGCAACAAAUACGGCACAGUGUCGAGUAUUGCACAGCUUGAUGUAAGAGGAAGUGAGGACCUCAGCAAUAAUGGGUCUCUUCACUCAGCCAAUUCCACCACCAACCUGGCUAUUAUUGAGCAACAACCACCCCCACCCAACUUACUGCCUCCUUCUGUGGAACAUCCCCCUAAACCCAAACUUGAAGGUGUGCUAGUAAACCACAAUGAGCCCCGGUCCAGCUCAAGGAUUGGGCUCCGUGUGCAUUUCAACCUGCCUGAAGAUGACAAAGGAAGUGAAGCAUCCUUCGAGGGUGGAGCAGUGACCGCCAACCAGACCCGACCUGAUUCUUUCCAGGAGCGAUUCAAUGGCCAGGCAGCAAAAAUCCCUGAACCUUCUUCACCCAUUAAAGAACCCCCUCCAGUUCUGGCCAAACCCAAACUUGAUUCCAGUCAGUUACAACAGCUUCACAACCAAGUCUUACUGGAACAGCAGCAGUUGCAAAACCCAUCUCCUUCAUUUCCUAAGGAGAUUCCUUUCAGCAUGAGUGUCUUGAACUCCACGGUUCCCUCGGUGGUGACUGUGUCCAGCAAGCAGGUGAAGUCCUCUCCAUCACAGACUUUCAGCUUGACCCGGCCAAAGCAUGUCUUCCCCUCCAUGAAUUCCACUCCUACCACUUCGGCAACAGCGUCCCCUUCCAGCUCACCCCCAGCGGUCACACUGAGCAGCACUCCUCAAGCCAUUCAGAGGACAGUGAGCAAAGAAAAUCUCUUCAUUUCUCAUCCUUCAGUGCCAACCAAACCCCCAGGAGUUUCUGUCCAAAAUGAGCCACCCCCUCCAAGUCCGUUAGAGCCCACACAACUGCCGCUCACAUUCUCCAUCUCCAGCGGAAACCACUUUCAGCCUCACUGUGUGUCCCCAACUCCUGUCUCUCCCACCAGCCGCAUUCAGAACCCAGUGGCUUUCCUCAGCUCUGUUCUGCCUUCUCUGCCUGCCAUCCCGCCCACCAAUGCCAUGGGGCUGCCUAGAAGUGCACCGUCUGUGCCAUCCCAGGGGUUAAUGAAGAAAAAUACAAAAUCUCCCCAGCCUGUGAAUGAUGACUAUAUUCGUGAAACCAAGAAUGCUGUGAUUCUAGAGUUGGGGAAAAAAGUGAAUUUCAAUGAUGUCAGAUCAAACCAACAGGAGUACAAAAUUUCAAACUUUGAGCAGAGGUUGAUGAAUGAAAUAGAAUUUCGCUUGGAACGGACCCCUGUGGAUGAAUCUGAUGAUGAAAUCCAACAUGAUGAGAUCCCUACGGGCAAGUGUAUUACUCCCAUAUUUGACAAAAGACUCAAGCACUUCCGGGUCACAGAAGGCUCUCCAGUCACAUUCACCUGCAAAAUUGUUGGGAUACCUGUUCCAAAGGUUUACUGGUUUAAAGAUGGGAAGCAGAUUUCCAAGAGAAAUGGGCACUGCAAAAUGAGCCGAGAAGGAGACGGGACCUGCUUGUUGCACAUCGAAUCCACCACCAGUGAUGAUGAUGGCAACUAUACCAUCAUGGCUGCCAACCCCCAGGGGAGAAUCAGCUGUUCUGGCCACUUGAUGGUACAAAGCUUGCCCAUUCGAAGUAGAGUAACAUCUGAUAGUCAGUCUCACAGGGGAAGGUCCCGAGUACAAGAAAGAGACAAAGAGCCCAUUCAGGAACGCUUUUUCCGACCACAUUUUCUACAGGCUCCCGGGGAUAUGGUAGCUCACGAGGGGCGCCUCUGUCGACUGGACUGUAAGGUGAGUGGCUUACCACCCCCGGAGCUGACCUGGCUGCUCAAUGGCCAACCUGUGCUACCAGACGCCUCCCACAAGAUGCUCAUCAGGGAGACUGGAGUCCACUCUCUGCUCAUUGACCCACUCACUCAACGCGAUGCUGGGACCUACACAUGUGUAGCCACCAACAAAACUGGGCAGAAUUCCUUUAGUCUGGAGCUCACUGUAGUAGCCAAAGAAGUGAAGAAAGCACCAGUGAUCCUGGAAAAACUGCAGAACUGUGGUGUUCCUGAAGGUCACCCCGUGAGGCUGGAGUGUCGAGUGAUAGGCAUGCCUCCACCUGUGUUCUUCUGGAAGAAAGACAAUGAGACCAUCUCUUUUACCAGAGGGAGGAUCAGUAUGCAUCAGGAUGCGACAGGUUACGUCUGCCUCCUCAUUCAGCCCGCCAAGAAGUCAGAUGCUGGAUGGUACACACUGUCAGCCAAGAACGAAGUUGGCAUCGUGUCGUGCACUGCAAGGCUGGAUAUAUACGCUCAGUGGCACCAGCAGAUCCCACCACCUGUGUCCAUCCGGCCCACUGGCAGUCGCUACGGAUCUCUCACCACGAAAGGACUUGACAUUUUCUCCGCGUUUUCCUCCAUAGAGAGCACAAUGGUGUUUUCAUGCUCUUCUCGGAGUGUAGUAGAGAGUGAUGAACUUUAAGAAUAUCUGGGUGUCUGCUGUGUAAGGGGACAGAUUGUGAAGGGGGAAGGAGAACACGCCCAUCAUGGUGGUUUCCAAGCAACUGGAUUUGAGUAAGUUCCCACACUGCUGGACAGUAGCAAAGAGUACUUUAAGUAAGUCAGUCGGGGACUCUUCCCGGCUCAACUGGGGGAGAAAUGUAAGGUUGUACCUUUUUAAAGAUUCCAGCAAAAAUAUGAGAAGACAAAUGAACCAAAGAUGCCAUGCAAUUGCCAUCCACUGCUUUGGGUAAAAUGUUGGCAUGCUCCCCUGCCUCUUGCUGUGUUUGGAACCUUUAGGCUCUGCUAGGAACAAUUAGGAGCCCUAGGCUUGGGCUCAGAGGAGUUAGGCAGUAGUGACCUUUGGUACCACAAACAAACAAUGCAAAGGAAACAGAUGAAGAGGUUUCACUUACCUUUCACUGAUUAUAUCCAUAGUAUUAAUUUUGGUGACUCAUUAAAUCAGCUUCUACUUAGCACUAGGAGAUAAUGCCAUACAACUCACAAAUG